AUGACGAGCGAGGAGUGUCCUGUGCCGCUGGGGAGCAUUUCCUCAGCAGUGCCAGGGCAGAGCGAGGAAUACGGCUCGGCACACGCUGAUGACAUCAUUGAGGAAGUGGGUCCGAGUGAUGAUGUCAGCAUCGGCAGUGACCUAAGCACUCUCGUGGUGCCCUUCCCAGAGCUGGCGCCCGUGGUCUUUUUCUGCCUCAAGCAGACCACCUGUCCUCGCAGCUGGUGCAUCCGUAUGGUCUCCAGCCCGUGGUUCGAGAGGAUUAGCAUCAUGGUGAUCCUGCUCAACUGUGUGACACUGGGCAUGUACCAGCCCUGUGAGAACAUCGACUGCACUUCAGACCGCUGCCAGAUACUGCAGGCCUUUGAUGCAUUCAUCUACAUCUUCUUUGCAUUGGAGAUGGUGGUAAAGAUGGUGGCUCUAGGGAUCUUUGGCCGUCGCUGUUACCUGGGAGACACCUGGAACAGGCUGGACUUCUUCAUCGUCAUGGCUGGGAUGGUAGAGUACUCACUGGACCUGCAGAAUAUUAACCUGUCAGCCAUUCGGACGGUGCGGGUCCUAAGGCCGCUCAAAGCCAUCAACAGAGUGCCAAGUAUGCGAAUCCUGGUGAACCUGCUGCUAGACACUCUUCCCAUGCUGGGCAAUGUGCUGCUGCUCUGCUUCUUCGUCUUCUUCAUCUUCGGCAUCAUCGGCGUGCAGCUGUGGGCGGGGCUGCUGAGGAACCGCUGCUAUCCUGAGGAGAACUUCACCCUGUCUUCAGGCAUGGCUCUGCCAGCUCCGUACUAUCAGCCAGAAGAGGACGAUGAACGGCCCUUCAUCUGCUCCCUGGUGUCUGAUAAUGGCAUCAUGUCAUGUACUGAUGUGCCGGCGAGACGCGAAGGAGGCCGCACGUGCUGCCUGGAUAAGGAGGACGCACUCCACAGACAGGCUCUGGGCCUGAGUCCUGAGCCGCUGGCCAACGGCAGUGGUGCUGGUGAAGCAAUGGGUCUGUGCAUCAACUGGAAUCAGUAUUACACUCGAUGCCACACAGGGAAUAGUAACCCUCACAAGGGUGCUAUUAACUUUGACAACAUUGUCUACGCCUGGAUUGUAAUUUUUCAGGUGAUCACUCUGGAGGGCUGGGUAGAGAUCAUGUACUAUGUAAUGGAUGCCCACUCCUUCUACAACUUCAUCUACUUCAUCUUACUCAUCAUUAUUGGAUCAUUCUUCAUGAUCAACCUGUGCCUGGUGGUCAUCGCCACCCAGUUCUCAGAGACCAAACAGCGGGAACACCAGCUGAUGCAGGAGCAAAGGGCACAGUGUCUGUCCUCCUCCACCCUGGCCAGCAUGGCUGAGCCGGGAGAUUGCUACGAGGAGAUCUUCCAGCUGGUCUGCCAUGUCCUCCGCAAGGCUAAGAGGAGAUCAGCAGCUCUCUACUACACGCUGAGGGGCAAGCCCCCACCAGCUGGUGGAGGCAGGAGUAACAGGCGAGGUGGAGGGCAUGUGAACGGAGAGCGGCAUCAUUCGAGGCACCCAAGAUCAUCCCAUUGUCCACACCAAAGCAAGCAGGACCACGGCUCUCAGCCACUAGCCAACUCCAUCAGUCUGUCUGUUCCUCAAAGUCCCGAGGACUGCCCUAUAUGUUCACUGUCACUGAAAGACGGGGCAAGGGCCGUGGGAGACUCUGCCAACGAGGAAGAAGAUGAGGAGGAUGCUGUGAAAGAGACGGGCAAGGAGGAGAACCACUUAGAGGAGAGGGGAGAUGGGGAGAGGAAGAGGAGGAGGACAUGCUUUGGACAUUGUAAGGACAUUUGGAAUGAUAUGAGGAGGAAACUUUGGGGCAUUGUGGAGAGCAAGUACUUCAGCAGGGGCAUCAUGAUCGCUAUUCUCAUCAACACCAUCAGCAUGGGCAUCGAGCAUCAUAACCAGCCUGAAGAGCUGACCAAUGUCCUGGAGAUCUGCAACAUUGUCUUCACCAGCAUGUUCACACUGGAGAUGAUCCUCAAGCUGACUGCUUUUGGCUUCUUUGAGUACCUGAGGAACCCCUACAACAUCUUUGAUGGCAUCAUUGUCAUCAUCAGUGUGUGUGAGAUCAUCGGCCAGGCAGACGGCGGUCUGUCAGUGCUGAGGACCUUCAGGCUGCUGAGGGUCAUUAAGCUGGUGAGGUUCAUGCCUGCGCUGAGGCGGCAGCUGGUGGUGCUGAUGAAGACGAUGGACAAUGUGGCCACCUUCUGUAUGCUGCUCAUGCUCUUCAUCUUCAUCUUCAGUAUCCUGGGAAUGCAUAUAUUUGGUUGUAAGUUCAGCCUGAAGACAGAGGCAGGAGAUACAGUGCCUGACAGGAAGAACUUUGACUCCCUGCUCUGGGCCAUUGUCACCGUCUUUCAGAUUCUGACUCAGGAGGACUGGAACAUGGUGCUCUACAAUGGCAUGGCCUCCACUUCGCCCUGUGCUGCUCUCUACUUUGUGGCUCUUAUGACAUUUGGAAACUAUGUGCUCUUCAAUUUAUUGGUUGCCAUCUUGGUUGAGGGUUUCCAAGCUGAGGGUGAUGCAAACCGCUCUUACUCAGACGAUGACAGGUCUUCCUGUAAUUUUGAGGAGAACGAUAAGCAGAAAGACACUCUGCAUCUCUCAGACCCAAAGAUCUGUACACUGACCCCAAACGGACACCUGGACUUGUCCUCGCUGCCUGCCGGUCUGUUUCCAGGAGAGAGGCUGACCUUUGCUCUUGGCUCCAGGAAGAACAGUGUUAUUUCUCUUGGCAGGGCCAACCUGGAGCAGAGGGCUGUGUAUCCAGGUCGGGGUUACCACAACUGGGGACGCCCACUGUCUCCCCAGCCUCAGGCCUUGUGGGCCCGUCGUUCCAGCUGGAACAGCCUUGGAGGCGGCCGCCACUGUUCUUCUUCAUCUCCCACAUCUAGUCCAGGCUUCACCCCCACCUCUGCAAGGUCCUUCUAUGGCUAUGGCCUGGGUGGUCUGGGAGGCGUGGUCGGAGGAAGCCUUCGCAUCCGUGGUCCCCGUGCUUCCUCAUCCCCGCACCAGCACCUCCAUCAUGGACACCCAGAUGAGGAGGAAUCUCUUCUCUCCCCUCCUGCUGUUGCUACUCACUCUCUUCACCUUCCCCAUCCUAUGCUCCCAGGCCACUUUGUGCCCAGGAGAGACCGCAGAGCUCUAUCGCUAGAGCUGCCCCACCUGCUGCAGGUCCCAGGACCCCCACACCCUCCACCGCCACCACACCACCCGCUGCCCCCCAUGACGCUCCAUGCUCAGCACAGGAAGAAGAGCUUCUCUGGGGGGAUGGUAAUCAGUGGAGGUGGUGGCGGUGGGCUGGAAAGUCUGGGUGGCUUAGGGGGGGUCCACCAAGACUGUAAUGGGAAGACACCACUGUCUCAGCUUCUCCAGCCCUCCACUAGACACCAAACUGAGCAACCUGGAGGGGCAAACCCUCAGAGUCAACUGAUAUCUGACGUCUUCCCCCAGGUUAACGCACGCAGCAAGGACCGGGAGGACCUGGAUGAUGACAUUGACUAUAGUUUGUGCUUCCGCAUCCAGAAGAUGUUAGAAGCGUAUAGACCAGACUGGUGUGAGACCAGAGAGGAUUGGUCUGUCUUCCUAUUCUCCCCACAGAACAAAUUCAGACAGAUGUGCCAGUCCAUCAUCGCCCAUAAGCUGUUUGACUAUGUGGUGUUGGCCUUCAUCUUCUCCAACUGCAUCACAGUAGCUCUGGAGAGGCCCAAGAUAUUACAGGGCAGCCUGGAAAGAGUCUUUCUCACCAUCUCCAACUACAUCUUUACUGCCAUCUUUGUGGGCGAGAUGACACUCAAGGUGGUUUCCAUGGGUCUGUAUAUGGGGGAACAAGCUUACCUCCGGAGCAGCUGGAACAUUCUAGAUGGCUUCCUGGUUUUUGUGUCUUUGAUUGACAUUGUUGUGUCCAUGGCGGGUGGGGCCAAGAUCCUGGGGGUGCUUAGAGUACUCAGGUUGCUCAGAACAUUGCGUCCCCUCAGGGUGAUUAGCAGAGCUCCAGGUCUGAAGCUGGUGGUGGAGACCCUCAUCACUUCUCUCAAACCCAUCGGCAACAUUGUCCUCAUCUGCUGUGCUUUCUUCAUCAUCUUUGGCAUUCUCGGGGUACAGCUGUUUAAAGGCAAGUUCUUCUACUGCUUCGGUCCGGAUGUCAAAAACAUCACCAACAAGUCUGACUGUCUGCAAGCCAACUACAAGUGGGUUCACCAUAAGUACAACUUUGACAACCUGGGACAGGCUCUGAUGUCCCUGUUUGUACUCGCCUCCAAGGACGGCUGGGUUAACAUCAUGUAUCACGGCCUGGAUGCUGUGGGUGUGGACCAACAGCCGGUGACCAACAACAACCCAUGGAUGCUGCUGUAUUUUAUCUCCUUCCUUCUCAUCGUCAGCUUCUUUGUCCUUAACAUGUUUGUUGGCGUGGUGGUGGAAAACUUCCACAAAUGCCGCCAGCACCAGGAGGUGGAGGAGGCCAAGAGGCGUGAGGAGAAGCGUCAGCGGCGCAUGGAAAAGAAGAGGAGGAAAGCCCACAAGCUGCCCUACUAUGCCAGCUAUGGUCACAUGCGCCUGAUGAUCCACACACUGUGCACAAACCACUACCUGGACCUCAUCAUCACCUUCAUCAUCUGCAUCAACGUCAUCACCAUGUCCUUAGAGCACUACAAUCAGCCUCACUCUCUGGAUCUCGCCCUGAAGUACUGCAACUAUUUCUUCACCUCCACUUUUGUGCUGGAAGCAGUACUGAAACUCAUCGCCUUCGGCUUUCGCCGCUUCUUCAAAGACAGGUGGAACCAGUUGGACCUGGCCAUUGUGCUUCUGUCAGUGAUGGGCAUCACCUUGGAGGAGAUUGAGAUCAGUGCUGCCCUGCCCAUCAACCCCACCAUCAUCAGGAUUAUGAGAGUACUGAGGAUAGCACGAGUGCUGAAGCUGCUGAAGAUGGCGACAGGAAUGAGAGCCCUAUUGGAUACAGUGGUCCAAGCCCUGCCUCAGGUGGGUAACCUGGGCCUGCUCUUCAUGCUGCUGUUUUUCAUCUACGCCGCCUUAGGAGUAGAGCUUUUUGGAGAACUUGUUUGCAAUGAAGACUACCCAUGUGAAGGAAUGAGUCGUCACGCUACCUUUGAGAACUUUGGCAUGGCCUUCCUUACCUUGUUUCAAGUCUCCACGGGCGACAACUGGAAUGGCAUCAUGAAGGACACAUUGCGGGAGUGCCCACCAGACCACGGCACCGAUGUGGACUAUGCCUGCAAUCCAAGCCUUCAGUUUAUCUCGCCCAUGUACUUUGUCUCCUUCGUGCUCACCGCCCAGUUCGUGCUCAUCAACGUGGUGGUGGCCGUGCUGAUGAAGCACCUGGACGACUCCAACAAGGAGGCCCAAGAGGAGGCGGAGAUGGAUGCAGAAAUUGAGCUGGAGCUGGCCCAGGGCACCCUCUGUUGCAUGGGCGCCCCCAGUUGCGGGGGUGGGGGGGCAGAGAAAGGACUAGUUGCUGCUGGAUCAGGGCCCGGAGGCACAGCAGGAGGGAGGGAGAGAGGAGAUGCCAAAGGAGAGAAGGGAGAAGGAGUGAGGAAGAUGCGACACACAGCAGCCACUGCACACCAAGGACAAUACAACUCCCGCAACUCCAGCCGGACCCUGUACUCACCAGCACAAGAGAGCCAGUGGCUGGACAGUGUAUCUCUCCUGAUCAAGGAUACGUUAGAGGGGGAGAUGCUGAUGAUCGACAACCUCUCCGGUUCUGUCUUCCACCACUACUCCUCUCCUCCACCCAUCUGCAAAGACUACAAGGGCCACCCACAAGAGCAGAUCAGGAUGGCAGAGAUUGAGCAGGCGUCGCUGAAGUCGGAGCAACUGUCAGACAAGUCCUCAUCCCCUGCCCUGCCAGACGACCUCAGUCUGGACGAACAUACUGCCUACCAGCUGCUGGUGCGAGAGGGCAAGGGAAGAUGCAGCAGUGACUCCCGCAGCUCUGAGGAGGCAGGAGGUGGAGGGAGUCAUGUAGGAGGCUACCAGACUCAGACGGUGGUGCAGAGCCAGGUGCAGGGCCUGGACCAGUCCUGCAGGGCCCUCUGCACUGGUGCUGAGAUGGAGGCCACGCUACAGGAGAUGGAGAUGCAAACACACCAACCACGUAUGUGUUCACCUCAGUGCAGCCCUGGUGGUGUGUCCAGCAGCAGCAGCAACAAGGAAAGAAACAAAGAAGGAGAAGGAGGAGCCAGUGGCAUUUCUCCUCUCUUCCAUCUGCCUGCAGAGUUCUUCCACCCUGCAGGAGCAGUCAUCCCAGCACCUCCCCGCAGUAGGAGCCUGAGGUUGACAAGGGGCCUUAGGCUGACCUCCCCAGCCUCCUGGGCUUCGCUCCGCUCGCCGGGAGCCCAUAGCAAGAUGCUCUGCACACAGUACCCCUCCCACAGUGACUCAUCCCUUGCUACAGGUAGCUCUGAAGGCAGCCUCCAGACCACCAUGGAAGAAGGACUGAGCUUCAGCAUCUCUCCGCCACAGAACUUGGAGCUGCUGCUGCCGACAGCUCCCUUACCGCUCGCUUGCCCGCUCCCGUUGCCUGAAGACAGGACUAUCCUUUCCUCCCCGGUCCAGGCCCAGAGACCAAGGCCGAGCCCCUCAUCAGCCCUAACCCUCCAGGCCACCAGGGGCCACCAGCGGAGCCAGAGCAGCGGUCGAGGGAGCACCAGCCCGGGCUACACGCGAGACGACUCAAUCGACCCUUCAGAUGAGGACCUGGGUAUAGGCAUUGGAUCGUCCAUUGGUGGUUGUGGCUCCAGCCAAGCGGGCAACAGUGAACACUUGUCAGAGACACUGAGCAGCUUGUCGCUGACAUCGCUGCUGUCACCCAGCUCCCUGGUGUACCCGGGAGGAGCAGUGAAGAAGUGCAACAGCACAGGCAGCCUGGACCAAGGGGCUAUGUUGCUGUCGUCCCGGGGCAAGGAGGGCCGCAGGGAGAUUCUGGGCCUGGAGCUUAUGGACCCCCAGGGCUUCUUGGCCAACCCCUGGACAGGGGUAUUAGUUGAUACAAGAAGAGGAGACGGAAGAGGGGAAAUAGGAGAUGGGGAGCAAGGAUUCAAAGGGAAGAGCUCAAGCCAAACAACAGUAGGGCCUUGUCGGAAAAACAGAUGA